CUGGAAGGGUUGCGGAAUCCCAGGCUGCAGCUGUACAGGGAUGGGGACUUCUCAGGAAACACUAGAGGAUGAUGAGAAAGUCUACCUGAGGAGGAAGAUAACUCUGACCCGAGCCAUCACCUUAACAGUCGGCACCAUCAUUGGAAGUGGUAUCUUUAUAUCUCCUAAAGGGGUCCUGAAGAACUCUGGCAAUGUGGGGCUCUCAUUGAUCGUCUGGGGGGCCUGUGGGGUCCUCUCCAUGUGUGGGGCCUUGUCCUAUGCCGACCUUGGCACGACCUUGAAGAAAUCCGGCGGCCACUAUAUCUUCUUGCUGGAGACUCUGGGGCCCGUCCCUGCCUUCCUGAGGCUGUGGGCUGAAUUUGUUAUGAUCAGGCCGGCAAAUAUCGCCAUGGUCUGUCUGGCGUUUGGACAGUACCUGAUAGAACCGCUGUUCGUCCCCUGCCACACCCCAGCCUUGGUGGUGAAACUCAUCAGCGCCAUUGGCAUUGCGUUUCUCAUCGCACUGAACUGUUGGAGUGUGAGCUGGUCAGCAAAUCUCCAGACUGUGUUCACCGUACUGAAGUUAGUGGCUAUUGUACUCAUCAUAGUGCCCGGAAUGAUGGCGUUAGGCGCAGGACACACAGAUAACUUCCAAGAUGUGUUUGAUACCUCCUCCCUGGCUCUGGAUAAGUUACCCCUGGCCUUUUAUUCGGGGAUGUUUGCAUUUGGAGGCUGGUUUUAUGUUACUUUCGUUACUGAAGUAAUAGUAAACCCAGAGAGGAAUAUCCCCAUAACUGUCAUAGUGUCACUGGUCAUAGUCACCGUCUGCUACCUUCUCACCAAUGUGGCCUACUACACUAUCCUCACUGCCAGUGAAGUGCUGACGUCCGAAGCCGUCGCCAUGUCCUUUGCUGAGCGCACCCUGAAACAAGGCUCCUGGGUGAUCUCCAUACUGGUGGCAAUGUCGUGUUUCGGAGCUCUGAAUGGGGGAAUCUUCGCCUCUUCUAGGAUGCUGUUUGUUGCUUCCAGAGAAGGUCACUGGCCACCUUUGUUCUCCAUGAUCCAUAUUAGAAGGCACACGCCACUUCCUGCUUUGUUAUUAAUGAUGCCCUUGGUCUUCCUAAUGAUCGGAAUUGGUGACAUUUAUGGCCUGUUGAACUUUUAUAGCUUUUCUCGAUGGCUUUUCAUGGGAUUGGUAACUAUCGGUCUGAUUCUCCAUCGCCGAAAAUACCCAGAACUCCCCCGACCGUUUAAGGUUCCCUUGAUCUUUCCCAUUGUGUUCAGCACAAUGUGCCUGUUCAUUGUGUCAAUGUCUCUGUACUCGGAUCCAGUGAAUACAGGUAUCGGUUGUUUUAUCACUCUGACCGGGUUACCCGUCUAUUACCUCAUUGUCCACAAGCAAAGAUUGCCCCAGCGGUGCAGAGUUCCCUUCAAUUUGUUGAUGCUGAAACUACAAGUACUGCUAGAAGUUAUUCCUCAGGAAGUGAAGACGUACUAG